AUGAGCUGUGAUUCAGGAGAAGCGUGCAAUGACUGCUCAAGCCCUUGCGCAUCAGGUAGUCAUCCAGUUGACAUUGAAGACCUCACCAAGGAGUUAGCUGCCCUUCGGUCAAGGACAAAGGAGCUUGAGGAGAAAAUCUCGAAGGGCAACAAUCAAGCCUCGACCUCGGCUUCGAAGCUGCGCUCGACAAGAUGGUUCAAUGAACGCAAUAAUCAAGCAAUGUCAGCGCUUUAUGUGGAUAGGUAUCUGAACUACGGCUUAACAUACGAGGAGCUAAUGUCAGAUAAGCCGAUUGUGGGAAUCGCUCAAUCAGGCUCAGACCUAGCGCCUUGCAACAGGUAUCACCUAGAAACCGCUAAACGUGUAAGGGAGGGUAUAGUCGCUGCUGGUGGUAUUGCUAUCGAGUUUCCUACGCACCCAAUCCAGGAGAGUUCGAGGCGGCCGACUGCGACGCUUGACCGCAAUCUAUCAUAUUUGACAUUGGUGGAAAUGCUCCACGCAUAUCCUUUUGACGGCGUCGUGCUUUUGACAGGGUGUGAUAAGACUACACCUGCGGCUCUCAUGGCUGCAGCCACUAUGAAUAUACCUGCUAUAUGUUUCAAUGUUGGUCCUAUGCUCAAUGGCUACAUGGGCAAGAAUCUUAUCGGCUCCGGGACGAUCUUAUGGAAAGCACGCGAGCUCCAUGCAGCAGGAGACAUUGACGACGGACAGAUGAUCGAUAUGGUCACCAGAGGAACACCUUCCGCAGGUCACUGCAAUACUAUGGGCACGGCGUCAACAAUGAAUGCGCUUGCUGAAGCAUUAGGUAUGGCACUGCCUGGCAGUGCAGCAAUACCUGCUCCUUAUCGAGAACGCCUUCAAAUCGCCUACAAGACUGGUACACAGAUCGUUGAAAUGGUACGCGCAGAUCGAAAGCCGUCCGAUAUCAUGACGCGUGAGGCCUUCGAGAACGCUAUUGUCGUCAACACCACGAUUGGUGGAAGUACUAAUGCUCCGAUUCACCUGAAUGCGGUUGCUAAGCACAUUGGUGUGCGACUCGACCUGAAUGAUUGGGAUAACCUUGGUUAUGGUCAACCGUUGCUUUUGAAUGUGCAGCCUGCAGGAGAGUACCUUUGUGAAGAAUACUAUCGUGCUGGUGGUUUACCCGCAAUCAUUGCAGAAUUACUUGCACAUAAGGCACUACCUCAUCCGAAUGCAAUCACUUGUACAGGCCAAGGUUUAGCUCACUAUGCCAAAGAAGAAGGCCAGUCUUGGGAUCGUCGAGUCAUCUUGCCAUACGACAAGCCGAUGAAGACGAACGCCGGCUUCUUGCAUCUGACUGGCAAUUUGUUCGACAGCGCGAUCAUGAAAACAUCCGUCAUAUCGGAGGAGUUUCAGCACAAGUUUCUAUCGAACCAGCAGGACCCUAACGCAUUCGAGGGGAAAGUUUGUGUCUUUGAUGGACCUGAGGACUGUAACGCUAGGCUUGAGGAUCCAGCGACCGGAAUUGAUGGAAGGACGAUCCUGGUCAUGCGUGGAGUCGGCCCAUUAGGGUAUCCUGGCGCAGCAGAAGUGGUCAAUAUGCAUGCGCCAGCAAGGUUACUCAAGCAGGGUGUGCAGGCAAUGCCAUGCAUAGGUGACGGAAGGCAAUCAGGAACAUCUGGAUCCCCUUCAAUCCUGAAUGCCAGCCCUGAGGCUGCGGCAGGAGGCAACCUGGCUAUCUUGAAAGAUGGCGAUAGAUUAAGAAUUGAUCUAAACAAAAGGACUGUAAUGUUGCUGUUGGAUGAUCAAGAACUGCAGAAGAGGCGGGAAAGUCUUGAGCAGAACGGCGGCUUCAAGGUACCUGAAUCGCAAACACCUUGGCAAGAUAUUUUCAGGAGGGAGGUCGGACCGCUGAGUGAAGGAAUGGUAUUUCCAAGUGCUGUCAAAUUUCAGAGACUGGCUCAGAAAUAUCCUGCACCUAGAGACAAUCACUAG